GUCACCUUUGACCCUAGCGGCGCCCGCCUGCCCUGCCGCCGGCUGCCUGGCAACGGCGACGCGGAGCCGCCAUGGAGGCGGCGUCGCUACCUGCCGCGCUGGAGCUGGUGGCGGGUGGCGGUGCGGGACUGAGCCCCGAAAAGCGGGCAGUGCUGGGGUCCUCGCUGCUGCUCCUCCAACGCGACUACCGCUUCGAGCGGGUCUGGUUCUGGGGCUGCAUCCAGGGCGUGCGAGGCGCCUACUACAUCGCCGAGGGGCUGGGCUCCGACCGUGCAGCACCCCGCAGCCGCCUCUACAGCUUGAACUGCGUGGAAUGGAGCCUUCUGCCGCCAGUAACUGCGGAGAUGGCUGCGCAGGCUGAGCAGCUGAAGGGACGUUUCCAGGGCGAUCCUUCUUUUGAGUAUACAUACACCGAGACAAAAGAAGAUGCUGAAAGAUUGUCUGAAGAUGGUAAGGAGCCCACGAUCAAGGAGGAGGCUCGCCUGGUAGCUACAAUAGAGCAGAUAGACAAAGCAGUUGGCAUCAUCCCUCGAGGGGCAUUUUUGAAGACUCCUCGUGGGUCUGUGCAUGAAAACAGAAACUUUGAAGGUCUUUCUUUGACGGAGGCAAAGAAGUUAAGUUCCUAUUUCCAUUUUACUGUGCCUGUUAACCUGAAGAAUAAAACGGUGCUGGAAAAGGCUGACUUGGACCCAUCCACUGACUUUCUUGACUCUCUGGAGCAUGAUAUCCCACAAGCAUCCUGGACUAUUCAGCUAGAGAGGGGAGGCACUGUAGUGGUGCUGCGGAGCUUGCUGUGGCUGGGACUGACCUUCUAUCACAUCCCAAUGACCAAGCAAUACGGCUACAUCUACUUUGGCACUGGUGAGAAGAACUUUGAUCUGCCCUUCAUGCUGUGACUACUCUGUCUGGGAAGAAAACUCAGACAUUUAGGUUUUAAGUUUAGGAGAGUUUUGUUUCCUGUUUGUUUUAAUAAAUGUGUGAAACCUCUGAAA